AUGCCAAAGACCCAUGUUGUCCCGGUCACCCCUGACAUACCAACCCACUUUGCAUCAAAGAGCGGCGUUGAAGAACCUGUGCACAUAUUGGCCCGCCGCAGUGAUGAGGUUUAUGUGCACUAUGUCAAUCUAGACAAGAGAAUGGACGAGUGGCUGCCGGGGGACGCGAUACACCGCGCGCACGAAGCACCCCCUUCGCCACCGCCGCGAAAACGAAAGCGAUCCUCGUCUUCACGGCUGGGACGACGAGCUAGUACAAGCCGAUCAUUACCGCUUGACAUCGUACACACGGCGGGAACGUCAGGCACCAUGAACGGACACGAUGCUAAUUCGGGCGGCAGGGAGGCGGCGGUGGAGGAGAUGGUCAUCACGGAAGAAGACUUCGACAUCCGGCACCACAACAAGAUAACCGCGCAAAGAAACUUUGACAAGGUCAAUUUCGGGAUGUGGCAGAUAAAAACAUGGUAUUUCUCCCCGUACCCCCUUACCGAGGUGGAGACAGACGACAUCCCUGUGCUCAACGUGGGCACCAUGUCCCCCUCCACGUCUGCGUCGAAAAUCCACGGGAUCGCGCGCACGUCUGCGCGUUCACACGGACGGACGUCGGACUUGCUGGCCGGGGGACUGCAGAGGUCGCACAUGUCGAGCGAAAAGGCGAUACUGUGGGUGUGUGACAAGUGCUUCAAGUACAUGGCAGAUGGGUCGUCGUGGGAGCUGCACGCGAGGACGUGCGACUGGCGCCAUCCACCGGGCAGAAAGGUGUAUCAGAAAGGGGCGCACACCAUAUGGGAAGUGGACGGGGCGAAGGAUAAGCUAUUUUGCCAAAAUCUUUCGUUGUUCGGAAAACUUUUCAUCGACGUCAAAACUCUUUUCUUUGAUUGUGACAAUUUUCUGUUUUAUAUUUUGACUGAUGCGGCAUCACAACGCGAUCACGUCUUAGGGUUUUUCUCCAAAGAGAAGUUAUCCUACGACGAUUACAAUUUAGCCUGCAUCAUCACAUUUCCACCCUAUCAGCGGCGCGGGUACGGCAUGCUAUUGAUAGAAUUUAGUUACGAACUCUCGCGCCGCGCAGGCAAAGUGGGCACACCCGAGCGGCCCCUUUCUGAUCUCGGUCUUCGCAGCUACCUGACCUACUGGGUUUCUACAGUGAUCCGCUUCCUGCGGCGCUUGCUUUCCGUACUGCCACCAGAGAAAGACAGUGUAGAGGUAACAGGCUCGUUGCCAGAUCUGUCCUCAGUGGCUUCGCCGCCCGACGAAGACGGCGGCUCCACGAUCAAACGUAAGAAGAAAACGAAAGGAUGGGAUGGUGAAGCCGUCGACGAUGCUGUAACCGUGCCAAGUGUUUACGCCGAAGAUUCCCUUACGACCACCAUGCGCACCGUCGUCUUGAAGUCCAAUCCGGAUGGCAGUGCGUCUGUGCAUAUUUACGUGAAAUGCACGCUGGAGGAUAUCGCCCGCGCGACGAAUCUGCGGGUCGAAGACGCUGCGUUUGCGCUCAACGAGUGUGGGUUGCUGGAGAAGGUCAGGAUCGAGCGACGUAAGGCUGUAGAGAUAGACGAAGACCCGGAUAGCGAGGAAGACGUGGAGACGAUUGUGUUGACGCGGGAGAUGGUAGAAACCGUUGCGAGAGAGAGAAGCGUGAAGAGGAUGAUGAUGAAUAUGCGGAACGUCUUGUUGUGA